AUGCCCGCUCCGGCUCGUGUCAUCCUCGUCGGCGUCGCCGGUUUCGGCGCUAGCCACCUCACCAAUCUCCGCCGCUUGGCCAGUACAGGACACGCUCAAAUCGUCGGUCUCGUCGAUCCCUCCCUCCACGCCCAAUCCCUCUCUGACCCUUCUUACACCCCUCCCGACGACGCCCCCCUCUUCCCCACUCUCAGCUCCGCCCUCUCCUCGUCCGGCCAAGUAGACAUCGUCGUCCUCUGCGUGCCUAUACACCUGCACGCGCCCCUCACUCGCGAGGCUCUACUUUCCGGCGCGGAUGUCCUGCUGGAGAAGCCCCCAUUCGCGCGGAUGGCGGAUUUCGAGGCCAUCCUGCAGCUCCAAGCUGAAACGGGGCGGAAAGUGCAGGUCGGGUUUCAGAGCCUUGGCUCCCUAGUCCUCCCACACCUCUUACCAGGCGGAGAGAUCCCUAUAGGGCGUACACUGUCAGUGAGGGCAAAAGGGACAUGGCUACGGCGGGAAGGGUACUGGAAUCGCGCACCCUGGGUCGGCCGGCGCAGCCUCGGCGAGACGGACACGAUGGAUGGGGUAGCUACCAACGCGCUCGCUCACGCCGUUAUCACCUCACUUCAAAUCGCCGGUAUGCACCUCGCGGAGGACGUCGCGCAGGUCGAGCUGGAGAUGUAUCGCGCCAACCCGGUCGACGUGGAUGACACGACCAGCCUCCGGGUCACUCCCUCUCGGUCAGGAGAUGGGGGUGGGGAUGGUGCGAGGGUGACAGCGGCGCUGACGCUGUGCGCGGCGGAGCAGACGUGGCCGACGAUCGAUAUAGUCGGGGAAGGGGGCACGGCGACGUUCGAGUACGUCACGGGGACGUUGAGGUGGAAGGGGGAGGAACGGACGUACGACCGGGUCGACCUGCUCCAGAACCUGAUCGAGCACCGGUGGGACGAAACGGGGACGCCUUUACUCUGUCCCCUGAGGUCGACGGGAGCGUUCAUGCGCGUCCUCGAAGCGGUCCGGACCGCUCCCGAACCGGUCCAUAUCCAGCGGAAAUACGUGGACGUCCGAGGGGAAGGCAGCGACGCGCACCACGUCGUACAGGACGUGGAGAAAUGGGUGGAAGCAGCAGCGGACGCCGAGGCGCUCUUCUCAGAGGUUGGCGCGCCUUGGGCAUUCGCGGGCCGGGAUAAAGUCCUCGCGAACGCGAUACUGGGCGGACGGACCAUCCUGGAGAUUCAGGACGGGGGGAGCAUUCUCCCUACCUCUUCCCCUCGACCAUACAUACAUCCUAUACGUACCCUCUCCGGCGUAGAGGUCUCGGCCACCCAUCCGGCGGACCACGACUGGCAUUGCGGCCUCGGAUUCGCGGUGCCCGACGUGGACGGGUGUAGUUUCUGGGGAGGAGGGACGUAUGUUCACGGAAAGGGCUACGUGGAUCUGGAGAAUCACGGGCGGAUGACGACGGAGCGGGUCGAGUACCUCCCCUCCUCCUCCGGCUCGGCGCCGAAUCCGAGCGGGAUCGAGCAGACUAUACUAUGGACAAACCACCUCGGCCAUUCCCCCCUGCGCGAGCUUCGAUCCCUCCGGUGGUCCCUCCUUCCCCACUGCGGCAGCGGCGGCGGCGACGGCGGCAUCUCAGGCUGGGUUUUAUCGUACCGCACCACCCUCACCGCCCUCGCCGGCCCCGUCUCCCUCGGCAGUCCAGGAACCAACGGCCGACCGGGAGGUGGAUACGGCGGUUUCUUCUGGCGAUUACCGCGGUGCUCGGACGUCCAGCUUUUGGGGGCGGGCGGGAAAGAGGGGGAAGAGGAGGUACAUGGUCAAAAGGCGGAUUGGAUCUCGUGGUCUGCGGUGUUUGAGGGGAGACCGGGAGCGGUGGGUGAGGCGACAAUUGUGAUUGUGCCGGAGGAUGAAGAGACGGGGAGGGAUCGGUGGGUUGUUAGGAGGGAGACGUAUCCCGGCAUAGGGUCGGCGGUGGCUUGGGAGGAGAGGACGGAGAUUGCAGAUGGAAGGGAAUUGAGUAGGGGGUUCAGGGUGGCGGUGGUGGAUGGCAGGAUGGAGAGGGACGAGGUGGAGAAGGUCGUAGAGGUGCUGAGGGAGAGCACAUCAAAGGGUCGCUCAUCUAGUUGA